AUGGAGCGGAGGAGGGGUGGAGGGGAGAGAGGAGAGGAGGAAUGGAGCGGAGGAGGGGUGGGAGGGGAGAGAGGAGAGGAGGAAUGGAGCGGAGGAGGGGUGGAGGGGAGAGAGGAGAGGAGGGGUGGAGGGGAGAGAGGAGAGGAGGGAUGGAGCGGAGGAGAGGAGGGAUGGAGCGGAGGAGGGAUGGAGCGGAGGAGGGGUGAAGGGGUAGAGGAAAGGAGGGAUGGGGGAUGGAGCGGAGGAGAGGAGGAAUGGAGCGGAGGAGGAGUGGAGGGAGAGAGGAAAGGAGAGGAGGGGUGGAGUGGAGCGGAGGAGGGGUGGAGGGGUAGAGGAGAGGAAGGAUGGAGCGCAGGAGGGGUGGAGGGAGAUAGGAGAGGAGAGGAGGGGUGGAGGGAAUGUAGUCUCACAUUCAGAGGUGAACCCGUUACCCCCUGGCUCUGGCCCUGGACUGCCCCUCAUUGUAACCAACACCACUCUCAGACUUUUGUGUCUCCUCUGAGCCCUCUGUGAGAGCCAGUUUCACAGAAACAUUAGCGUUAGAGAGGCAACUGGCCACUGGGACUUGUGCCAUUGUGGAUCCGAUGGCUUAGUUAAUUGGAGCUUUGUGCUGGCAACAACACCACAGUUGAGGGUUUGCCACAUACUGUAUAAUGUGUUACGUGUAAAGCUCCUCUCUAGGCCCCACUACUGAAAACCCUAUUAUCAUGGCAUUAUGGUGAGCGAUAGCGGCGUCCGUUAGGUUAACUGUCUUCUAGCUGUGUUGACCUUCUCCUCCUGUUAGUUAGCUUUGAAAAGACUAAGCCCAGGAUGAAAUUCAAGUCACAGUGCACUAUAACUGACUUAAAAAAUUAAAUAAAAAUCGAUUGAUCUGCAGCGUUUAUCGUGAAUACGAUCUCCACAAACACGCAAACAUUGCUAUUAAAAGCUGCAUUGUGGACAGCCCUCCAAACAUUGCUAUUAAAAGCUGCAUUGUGGACAGCCCUCCAAACAUUGCUAUUAAAAGCUGCAUUGUGGACAGCCCUCCAAACAUUGCUAUUAAAAGCUGCAUUGUGGACAGCCCUCCAAACAUUGCUAUUAAAAGCUGCAUUGUGGUCAGCCCUCCAAGGUUUGAAUCUUUCUACCAGGCCACAGCAGAGAAGAACAGGGCGAGGUUAAGAUGGGUUAGACCAGACUAGACCAGAGAAGAACAGGGCGAGGUUAAGAUGGGUUAGACCAGACUAGGUGAGAGAAGAACAGGGCGAGGUUAAAGAUGGGUUAGACCAGACUAGACCAGAGAAGAACAGGGCGAGGUUAAGAUGGGUUAGACCAGACUAGACCAGAGAAGAACAGGGCGAGGUUAAGAGAAGAACAGGGCGAGGUUAAGAUGGGUUAGACCAGACUAGGUGAGAGAAGAACAGGGCGAGGUUAAAGAUGGGUUAGACCAGACUAGACCAGAGAAGAACAGGGCGAGGUUAAGAUGGGUUAGACCAGACUAGAUGAGAGCAGAGCAAGGUUAAGAUGGGUUAGACCAGACUAGAUGAGAGCAGAGCAAGGUUAAGAUGGGUUAGACCAGACUAGAUGAGAGCAGAGCAAGGUUAAGAUGGGUUAGACCAGACUAGAUGAGAGCAGAGCAAGGUUAAGAUGGGUUAGACCAGACUACUAGAGGGUUAGUUAAUCCUACUGAGCAUCGGACUGUUUCAUUGUGUUCACAUUGAUUUCACUCUAACUGCUCAUCAAUUAAAGACAUUAGUUGUGUGCUAAGGGAGGACUGGAUUUGUAAACACAGUACAUCUGUCUGUCUGUCUGUCUGUCUGUCUGUCUGUCUGUCUGUCUGUCUGUCUGUCUGUCUGUCUUGUCUGUCUCUCUGUCUGUACACCGGACCUGCCUACUGCCAUUAUACGGUUCAAAUCACCUUAGGAGAGUAUGUGAACCGGAUACACGACGUAUGCAUGCAAGAACACACACACGCGAUGCUAUCUGCUGUAGCGUGUAGAAGUGGUUGUGUGGGAGAACUGAGACUACCUGAGUGAGACACACACGCAGUGAUGGGAGUGACUCAAUGACUUUCACAAGGUGCUCUCAGUGUGUGUGUGUGUGUGUGUGUGUGUGUGUGUGUGUGUGUGUUGUGUGUGUGUGUGUGUGUGUGUGUGUGUGGUGUGUGUGUCACUCAGGUAGUCUCAGUUCUCCCACACAAGCACUUCAACACCCUACAGCAGAUAGCACAAAUAGUUCACAGAGGUGAUCUAUAGGUUGCAAUAGUGUGGCAUUUAGACAAUCUAGUUUGAGCCUCAUAUAUAACUACAGUGUUAUAAUCUGUGUGUUUGACCUAUCCUAUGAAAUAAAAAUUUUUUUUUGUGGUAGUUUGCCAUAUAAUCUGUGGUUGGACCUUCUAUGACACUAACAGUGGUAUAAUCUGUGUGUUUACUCUUAUGAACCACAGUGUUAUUAUUAAUCUGUGUGUUGACAUCUAUAGGAACUAACCAGUGUUAUUAAUCCGUGGUGUGUGACCUCUCGAUGAACUACAGUUGUUAUAACUCUGUGGUGUUGACUACUAAUUGAAUAACAGUAUUAUACUCUGGUGUUUGACCUCUCUAUGAACUAAACAGGUUAUAUCUGUGUUUUGACCUCUAUACGAACUAAACAGUGUUUAUAAAUAUGUUGGGUUUGCCUUUAUUGAAACUAACAGUGUUAUGUGUGUGUUGGACCUCUUAUGAACGAACGUGUUAUAAAUUCUGUGUGUUUGACUCCUCUAUACGAACUAACAGUGUUUAUAAUAGGUGUGUUUGACCCUCUCUAUACGAAACGGACAAAACAGUUCUAUAAUCGGUGUGUUGACCGCCUCAUAAGAACUACACAGGUUAUAAUCUGGUGUUUGGACCUCUCUAUGAAACUAAACAGUGUAAAUAUGGGUGUUGACUCUAUACGAACUAACGUGUUAUAAUCUGGUGUUUGACCUCUAUAGGAACGAACAGUGUUAUAAUUGUGUGUGUGACUCUAUAUGAAAAUAAACGUGUUAUAAUCUGUGUGUUUGACCUCUAGACGACUAACAGUGUUAUACUCUGUUGUGUUUGACCCUGCUAUACGAACUAACCAGUGUUAUAAUUGUGUGUUUGAACUCUAUACGAACAACGUGUUAUAAUCUGUGGCUUUGCCCUUAUACGAAUAACAGUUGUAUAAUCUAUGUGUUUGACCUCUAUACGAAACUAAACAGUGUUAUAAUCGUGUGUUGACCUCUCUAUACGAACAACAGUGUUAUAAUCUGUGUGUUUGACUCUAUACGAACUAACAGUUUAUAAUCUGGUGUUGAAUCUUACGAACUAACAGUUGUUUAAUCUGUGUGUUUGACCUUAUUAACGAACAACUAACAGUGGUUUUAAUAAUCUGUGUGUUUGACCUCAUACGAACUAAAGGGUUAUUAAUCUGUGUGUUUGACUCUAGUAGCAACUAACAGGUUAUACUUCUGUGGGGUUUGACUCUAUACGAACUAACAGGUGUUAUAAUAUGUUCUGUUUGACCUCCUAACGAAUAAGUGUAAAUCUGUGUUUGUUUGAACUCUAUCUGAAACUACAGUGUUAUAAUCUGUGUGUUUUUGACCUCUAUACGAACUAACAUUGUUAUUAAUCUGCUGUUGUUUGACCUCUCUAUGAAUAACCGUGUUAUAAUAGUGGUUGAACCUCUAUAUGCAACUACAGUGUUAUAAUCGUGGGUUGACCUCUAUCGAACUAACAGGUUAUUAUGUGUGUGUGACCUCAUACGACCUAACAGUGUUAAAUCUGUGUGUUUGACCUCUAUAGAACUAACAGUUGUUAUAAUCUGUGUGUUGACCUCUAUACGAACUAACAGUGUAUAAUCCUGUGUGUUUGACUAUAUACAAACUAACAGUGUUACAAAUGUGUUGUUUGACCCUCUAUAACGAAUAACAGUGUUAUUAAUCGGUGUGUUGACAUAUAGAACUAACAGUGUUAUAAUCUGUGUGUUGACCUCUCCUAUGAAAACUAACAGUGGUUAAUCUGUGGUUUGACCUCUAUAGGAACUAACCAGUGUUAUAAUCUGUGUGUUUGACCUUAUCUAUACGAACUAACAGUGUUAUAAUCGUGUGCUUUGACCCUCUCUAUGAAACUAACAGUGUUUAAUCUAUGUGGUUUGACUCUAUAGAAAUAACAGUGUUAUAUCGUGGUAUUGACUCUCUAGGAAAUAACGUGUAUAAUCUGUGUGUUUGACCUCUUAUGAACGAACAGUGUUAUAAUCUGUGUGUGUGACUCUAUCACGAAACUACAGUGUAUAAUCGGUGUCGUUUGACCUCUAUACGAACAACAGUGUUAUAAUCGUGUGUGUUGACUAUCAUACGAAGUAACAGUGUUUAUUAGAAUUUGUGUUUGACCUCUAUUGAAUAACAGUGUUAUAAUCUGUGUGUUUGACCUCUAUAGAACAGUGUGUUAUCAUCUGUGUGUUUACCUUAUACGAAUUACCAGUGGUUAUAUCUGUGUGUUUGACAUCUUAGAACUAACAGAAUGUUUAAUCUAUGUUGUGUUUGACCUCAUUCCGAACUAACAGUGUUAUAAAUAUGUGGUUUGACCUAUACGAUAACUAACAGUGUUUAAUCUGUGGUGUUUGCACCCUCGUAUAUGACUAACAGUGUGUCUAAUCUGUGUGUUGGAAUCUAUACGAAUAACAGGUUAUAAUCUGUGGUUGACCUCUAUACGAAUCUAACAGUGUGCUAUAAUCUGUGGUUUUCGACCUCUAACGAAUAACAGUGUUUUAAUCUAUGUGUUUGACCUCUAUAAGAACUAACAGGGUUCUAUACUAUGUGUGUUUUGACCUCUAUAGAACAAACAGGUUAUAAUCUGUGUGUUUGACCUCUACUUACGAACUAAAACAGGUUAUAAUCAUGUGGUGGUUGACCCGAUAGAACUAACAGUGUCUAAUCUGUGUGUUUGACCUCUCUAUGAACUAACAGUGUUAUAAUCUGUGUGUUUGACCUCUCUACGAACUAACAGUGUUAUAAUCUGUGUUGUUGGGAACCUCUCUCAGGAACUAACAGUGUUAGAAUUGUGGUUGACCUUAUAUAUGAACUAACAGUGUUAUAAUCUGUGUGUUUGACCUCUCUAUGAACUAACAGUGUUAUAAUCUGUGUGUUUGACCUCUAUAUGAACUAACAGUGUUAUAAUCUGUGUGUUUGACCUCUAUACGAACUAACAGUGUUAUAAUCUGUGUGUUUGACCUCUAUAUGAACUACCAGUGUUAUAAUCUGUGUGUUUGACCUCUAUACGAACUAACAGUGUUAUAAUCUGUGUGUUUGACCUCUAUACGAACUAACAGUGUUAUAAUCUGUGUGUUUGACACUCUCUUACGAAAACUAACAGUGGUUAUCUGUGUGUUUAGACCCUCUAUACGAACUAACAGGUAUAAUCUGUAUGUUUUGCCUCUAUAUUGAAAUAACAGUGUUAUAAUCUGUUGUGUUUGACCUCUCACGAACUAACAGUGUUAUAAUCUGUGUUCCAAAUGGCACUCUAUUCCCUAUAAAGUGCACUACUACAAAAGUAGUGCACUAGAUAGGUAAUUGGGUUCCAUUUGGGAAGCAGACUGUCUCACCUGGCUACUGACUAUGAAUGAGGGCGUUUACAUAAGAGCAGCUACUGUGACAUAAUGGGGAGUUAGGGCCUGAGGGAGUUGCGAGCAAUGUACACACACACACACACACACACCAACACAAACACACACACACACACACACACACAAACACACACCACACACACACACAACACAGUACGUACGCAUGGACACAAACACACACAGACAACACACACAACACACACACACCACACACACACACAACACACACACACACAACCCACAACAACAGUACGGAAGAAUGGCCACCCACACACACAUACACCACACACACGCACGCAUGGACCACACACAAUACCACACACACACACACACACGCACACCCCACAUCUACACACACGAACAAACACAACACACCACACAACAACCACACACAUACAAUACAACACAUACACACACCAAGUACGCAUGGACACACACACACACACACAUACCGCACACACACAUGGAAAAACACAGACACAAACACCACACACACAAACACACGCAUGCAUGGACACACACACACAUACACACACACACACAUACACAGGUUUGAUGUAACAGCCUCACAGUAGAAACUGGGUCAAUGUGUUCAUUCUAAGACUGCCCUGAAUGAAAGCUUCCCAGAUUACCAUUGGCACUCCCAUUACCAGUAAGUAUGUGUGCCUGUGUGUGCCUGUGUGUGCCUGUGUGUGUGUGUGUGUGUGCCUGUGUGUGUGUGUGUGGCAUAGCUCCAGAGAACGACCACUUAUCAGGAAGUUGAGAAGUCAUCAAGGAGCACUGUGCCCUAACGACCAGGAACACGCACACAGAGGUCACACAACGCAAAAGACGUGGGUCUGGAAGAAGUAUUUGUUUUCAUAUUUUGGAAUAUGUCAGUUGUAGACUAGGGUUUUGUUAGCAGAUCUAGCAUCAUGAUAUCAAGUGUGUAGACUAGGGGUUAUGUUAGAAGCAUCUCGCAUCAUGAAUCAGUUGUGCUGUGGGUUGUUGCAGCAUCAGCAUCAUGAAUCAGUUGGCCUGUGUGUUAGCACAUCAGCAUCAGAAUCAGUUGUAGACUGUGGGUGUUAACAGCAUCUAGCAUCAUGAAUCAGUUGUAGACUGUGGGUGUUAGCAGCAUCUAGCAUCAUGAAUCAGUUGUAGACUAUGGGUGUUAGCAGCAUCUAGCAUCAUGAAUCAGUUGUAGAUGUGGGUGUUAGCAGCAUCUAGCAUCAUGAAUCAGUUGUAGACUAUGGGUGUUAGCAGCAUCUAGCAUCAUGAAUCAGUUGUAGAAUGUGGGUGUUAGCAGCAUCUAGCAUCAUGAAUCAGUUGGAGAUGGGGUUGGGUAAAAGCAUUCUGCAUCAUGAAUCAGUUGUAGACUGUGGGUGUUAGCAGCAUCUAGCAUCAUGAAUCAGUUGUAGACUGUGGGUGUUAGCAGCAUCUAGCAUCAUGAAUCAGUUGUAGACUGUGGGUGUUAACAGCAUCUAGCAUCAUUAAUCAGUUGUAGACUAUGGGUGUUAACAGCAUCUAGCAUCAUGAAUCAGUUGUAGAUGUGGGUGUUAACAGCAUCUAGCAUCAUGAAUCAGUUGUAGACUGUGGGUGUUAACAGCAUCUAGCAUCAUGAAUCAGUUGUAGACUAUGGGUGUAAGCAGCAUUGCGUGCCUCAUGUUAGUUUUGUUUGUCCUGGAACAAUCAGCCCACUUGACUGUAUGUUCGUCCCAAAUGCCACCAUAUUCCCUGAUAGUGAACUCUUGCACCAGGGCCGUCCCUACGUAGUGCACUACACAGGGAAUAGGGUGCCAUUUGGGACAGAGUCUGUGGCUUCCCUCAUUGUUCCCUCGUUAAGGACAAAGAGCUGUUCUCAAAGCUUCUCUCUCCACAGCACCGUUCUGUUUCUACCAGACUGACCAGGAAAACAACCCCUGCGUGUGUGUGACCUGUGUGCGUACGUGUGUGCUUUCAUGCCUGUAUGUGUGUGUGUGUGUGUGUGUGUGUGUGUGUUCUUGUCUUGUUACAAACAGCAGUACAAUCCGGACUGCCUUAUGGUAGAAGGUGGUGACUAGUCUCUGUAAGUACAGGGGGGGUGGGGGGGUCGGUGGGUGGGGGUGGGGGGGGGUGUGGGGGGGGGGGGGGGGGGGGGGGGGGUGAGGGGGUGGGGGGGUUGGGGGAGGGGGGGCGGGGGGGGGGGGGGGGGGUGGGGCGUGCUGUUGGGGUGUGGGGGGGGGGGGGGGGGGGGGGGGGGGGGGGGUGGGGGGGUGGGGGGGGGGGUGGGGUGGGGGGGUAGGGGGCGGGGGGGGGGGAGGGGGGUGGGGGGGGGGUGGGGGGUGCGGGGGUGGGGGCGGGGGGGGGGGGGGGGGGGGGGGGGGGGGGGCGGGGGGGGGGGGGGGGGGGGGGGGUGUGGGGGGGGGUGGUGGGGGGGGGGGGGGGGGGGGAGACCUUAUGAAGGCGUGACUGGUCUCUGUAAUUACAGCAGACCUUAUGUAAGGGUGAAUAGGUCUCUGUAAUUACAGCAGACCUUAUGAUAAGGGUAACUAGGCUCUGUUUGUAAUUACAGGCCCAGACUUAUGUAAGGGUAACUAGGAUCUGCAAUUACAGCGGACUGACUAUGUAGGGUGACUAGGUCUGUAAUUACAGAAGACCUUAUGUAGGGUUAACUAGGUAUAUGUAAUUACAGCAGACCUUAUUGUAAGGGGACUAGGUCUUGUAAUUACAGCAGACCUUAGUUAGGGUUGACUAGGUCUCGUAAUUUACAAGCAGACAUAGUUAGGUGACUAGCGUCUCUGUAAUUACAGCGGACAUUAUGUAGGGGGAUAGGUCUCUGUAAUACAGCAGACCUUAGUAAGGAGUGUAGGUCUCUGUAAUUACAGCAGGAUUGAACUUUGGAAGGGUGAUAGUCUCGUAAUUCAGCCAGACCUAGGUAAGGGUGGUAACUAGUAUCUGUAAUUACAGCAGACAUAGAAGGGUGAUAGGUCUCUGUAAGUACAGCAGCCUUAUGUAGGGUAACUAGGUCUCUGUAAUACAGCAGACUAUGUAAGGGUGAAUAGGUCUCUGUAAUUACAGCAGACCUUAUGUAAGGGUGACUAGGUCUCUGUAAUUACAGCAGACCUUAUGUAAGGGUAACUAGGUCUCUGUAAUUACAGCAGACCUUAUGUAAGGGUAACUAGGUCUCUGUAAUUACAGCAGACCUUAUGUAAGGGUGACUAGGUCUCUGUAAUAAAGCAGACCUGGUACAGGGUAACUAGGCUCUGUAAUACAGCAGACUUAUGUAAGGGGGACUCGGUCUCUGUAUUACAGCAGGACUUUAUGUAAGGGGUAUGACUAGGUUGGUAAUAAGGAAGACCUUAUGUAAGGGUAACAGGUCUCUGUUAAUUACCGCAGACUGACCUAUGUAGGGUGAUAGGUCUCUGUAAUUACAGCAGAACCUUAUGUAGGGGAAUAGUUCUCUGUAAGUACAGCAGCCUUAUGUAAGGGUGACUAGGUUCUGUAAUUACAGCAGGAUGCCCUUAUUGUAAGGUGAAAUAGGUUCUGUAAUACAGCGACCUUAUGUAAGGGUGACUAGGUCUCUGUAAUUACAGCAGACCUUAUGUAAGGGAAAUGGUCUUUGUAAUUAAAGACAGACUUAUGUAAGGGUAACUAGUUCCUGUAAUGUAGCAGCAGGAUCACAUAAACAUGAUUCAGACAUUUCCUGCUUGUUGGCUUUUAUUGUUAGUUGUUCAUAGGCAAUAACACUUAUGAUGUGGGCGGGCUGGAGCCACCGGGUUGUAUGGAGGACAGAGAUAAGCUGAGUCCCAAAUGGCACCCUAUUCCUUCUAUAGGGCACUACUUCUGUCAAAAGUAGUGCCCUAUAGGGAAUACGGUGCCAUUUGGGACUCAGGCCACAGCGUGUCACAGCAGCAUGGUAGAACUGAAGUCCAUAGUUCAGCAUGUUUCUGUUGCCACCCUCUCCUUUCUCCUCCUCUCCAGAACCAGAGGGAAGUAGUUACAGCCUUUGUGUGGUUGUGUCCUGCUUUGUGGGUGUGUCUGGCCAUGUGGGUGUUCCCUCUCUCUUCCCAUCGUUGGUUCCAGGUCAUGCCACCGACGACACCCGUACUGCCUUGGGUGGGUUUAUAGCCAUUGUAGCCCCCUCAGGAGAAAUUUAUCAGAAUCAGCCCAACUAUGGGACCCCAUGUCCCCCAACGCUUUUGGGAAAACCGGGGGGCUAAAGCCUUUAUACGGGGCAUGCGGGAAACUAGAUUGGGGAUUCCAGACUGCUGUUUGCGAGUGAUAUCUGCUAAAUAAAGAUAGCCAAUGCCCCCUUAACGAUGGUAAGCUGUUUGUUUUCUAGUGCGUUUCUCAUAUCCUGGAUUCAAAAAACCCCAAAAGAUUACCGGCUUUGUCUCACAUCCCCGAUGUUCAAAAAACCAUUCUGUUUAGGGUCCUCAGCAUUUCCCCUAACGUCUUCGGGCCAUUCUAGCUGUAUUGUCAAACUAACGUAGCCCCACUGAUACUGUGCCUGUGUGUUGAUCCCUGGUUGUUGACAUGAUAUCUCCCCGGUCUCCGUCCAUUUGUUAAACCCUUAUUUUUGGAGUCAAUAUCCCACGUCUCCCCCUCCAUGUGUUGAUCCCUGAUGUUUUUGAGUCAGAUAUCCCAGCCCCCCUCCCACUGGGGAUCCCAGUUUUUUGAUCAUAAACCCCAGCAUCCCCCCCACUGUGUUGUACCUAUGUAUGUUGAUCAUGAUAUCUCACGGUCUCCUGCCCACUUUUUUGAUACCUAAUGUCUGUUGAGCCCAUGUUUCCCCCAGCAUCCCUCUCCACGGGGAAACCCGAUUGUUGACCAUAAUCCCGCAGCCCCGCCCCACUGUGUUGAUACGAUUCUGUUGAGUCGAUACCCCGCGUUCCCCCACUGUUUGAACCUGAUUUUUUUUGAUCAUGUUUCCCAGCAGUCUCCCUCCCUGUGUGGAUACCUGAGUCUGUUGAGUAGGUUUCCCCAAAAGGUCCCCCUCUCCACGUGUGGAACCUGAGUCUGUUGAGUCAUAUACCCAGCAGUUCCUCCCACGUGUGGUACCUGAUGCGUUGGUCGGAUAUCCCAGCGUCCCUCCCCCACUUGUGGAUCCCUAGUUGUUGGUCAUGAACCCAGAGUCUCCUCUCCACGUUUGAUUAUGUCUGUUGAGUCAUAUAUCCCAGCAGUCCCUCUCCCACGUGUGGAUACCUGAUUCUGUUGAGUCUGAUACCCCAGCGUCCCUCUCACUGUGUUAUACCUGAGUCUUUUGAGUCGACACCCAGCAUCUCCUCCCCUUUUGGGGAAACCCUAGUCUUUGAGUCAUAUACCCAGCAGUCUCCUCUCCACUGUGUUGAUACCUGAUGUCUGUUGAGUCAUGAAUCCCCCAGUCUCCCCCCUUUUGGUUAAAAUUUCUGAUUCUGUGAGUCGGGAUCCCAGCAGUCCCUCCCACUGUGGGGUACCAUGUCUUUUGGUCUGAAUCCCGUAUCUCCUCUCCACUGUUGGAUACCUGAUGCUGUUGAUAUGAAUCCCACUCUCCCUCCACUGGUUAAACCCUGAGUCUGUUGGUCAUGAAAUCCCGCAGUCCCUCCCCUGUGGGGAUACCUGAUGUCGUUGGGUCGAUUCCCAGUAGUCCCCCUCCCGUGUUGAUACUAUGUUGUUAGUCUGAUUCCCAGCAGUUCCCCUCCCUGGUUGUACCUGAUUUUUUUGAGCAUGUAUCCCAGCGUUUUCCCUCUCCCUUUUUUGUCCCCGUGUCUGUUGAUCUGAUUCCUAUUUUCCCCCCCACCAGACUCCUCGCGCCAGUCCCCCCUUGAAAGGCUGUUUAAAAUUUUGGGGAAGCAUGGGAUCUUCCCUUUUGGGGUUUGGGUAACUGGGGCUUUUCCAAUGACACCCUACCCCUUAUGUGCACACUUUUGACCGGGGCCGGGUAGAUCUAUGCCUAUCUAAGAAUAGGGUGUUUUUUUUGGGAAGCCCCCCUUGAGGUGAAAAAUAAAAAUAAAAAAAUAAUAAAAAUAAAAAAUAAUAUAAAAAUAAAAAUAAUAAUAAUAAUAAAAAUAAUAUCCCAUUUAGCAGAGUUUUUAUCCAAAGGACUUACUCAUCUCUAAUUUUUGUGUAGGGUGGCCCGGGGGGAAAAAACCCACACCUUCGUUUUACAAGCGGGGCUCACCAUUGAGCUAAGAGGAUAAAAGUGUAGUUUUGUAAUUUAUCUCAACAUUAAAAACCCCCGCGGUUUUGUGUGCGGGUGAGCCGGUAAAAAGGGGAAAAAACAUGGCAGUUGGUUUUUAGUUGGGGGUUGCCGGGGGAGGGGAAAACAUGGAGUUGGUUUGAGUUUGGUAAGGGACCAGGGAGAGGGGAAAGACAGUGGCUUUUGGUUUUAGUUGGUAAGUUACCAGGGGGGGAAAAGACAGGGCAGUUGGUUUAGUUUUUGGUUAGCUGGUAGGAGGAGAAGGACAGUGGCAGUUGGUUUGAGUUGGUAGAGUUAGCCAGGGGGAGGAGAAAACGUGGCAGGGGGUUUUAGUUGGAAUUACCGGUAGGAGAAAAGACAUGGCAGUUGGGUUUUAUUGGGAGUUAGCCAGUAGGAGGAGAAAAACGUGGCAGUUGGUUUUGGUUUGGUAGAGUUAGCGGUAAGGGGGGAAAGACAUGGCAUUUUGGGUUUUAUUGGUAGAUUUUUGCCUUUGGAGGGAACAUUCUAAGACUUUGGGGGGGCUCAGUCUUUGGAAUUUUUAGGGCCCUUUCCCCUGACACCCCGGUAUGGGGCCAAAAGGCAGGAAUCUCAACCCGUCCUGGAGGCAGGGAGCUUGGGCCCAGGGGCCCGGGUGGCAGGGGGCUCUGCCCCGGUCCGGGGUGACAAAAGCUUUGGGCCCGGUUUCCCGGAUGGGAGGGGUUGGACCCCGGUUUGGUGGCGGGGCUUGGACCCGGGCCUGGAUGGCAGGGGCUUGGGCCAGGUCCUGGUGGGGGGAUUUUGGGCCCAGGCCUUUAUGGCAGGGAUCGGACCCCCAGGGGUUUGGUUGGUUGGUAGGAGUUUUUAAAUGGCGAGUACUAUUGGUUUUUACAAAAAUUCGUUGGGCGACCCUUUUCAAAAGAACUCUGAUAAAUAUUGUUUGGGGUUUAGAUGCUUAAGGAUUAAUUGUCUUUUGUUUUGUGGAAUCAGGCGUAUAAAAUGGUGUGUGACAAAACCCCGACCUUUAAGGCAGGCUGGGGAUUGGAGAUCCUGGGUUAGCUCUGCCUUGCUUGGGGAUUGGAGAGGUCCAUGGAGUCUAGCUCUGCCUUGGCUUGGGGAUUGGAGAGGGUCCAUGGAGUCUAGCUCUGCCUUGCUUGGGGAUUGGAGAGGUCCAUGGAGUCUAAGCUCUGCCUUGCUUGGGGAUUGGAGAGGUCCAUGGAGUCUAGCUCUGCCUUGCUUGGGGAUUGGAGAGGUCCAUGGAGUCUAGCUCUGCCUUGCUUGGGGAUUGGAGAGGUCCAUGGAGUCUAGCUCUGCCUUGCUUGGGGAUUGGAGAGGUCCAUGGAGUCUAGCUCUGCCUUGCUUGGGGAUUGGAGAGGUCCAUGGAGUCUAGCUCUGCCUUGCUUGGGGAUUGGAGAGGUCCAUGGAGUCUAGCUCUGCCUUGCUUGAUCCCUGUAACCUAGUGAUGGAGUUGGUAGAGGACCAUUUGAUCCCAAAACUGAAUAAAAUAACAAUAUCCAAGUGUGUUUGUCCCCUUGUAUGUCUAGAUCAGAAGUCAGUUAAGAGUGUUGUCCCCUUGUAUGUCUAGAUCAGAAGUCAGUUAAGAGUGUUGUCCCCUUGUAUGUCUAGAUCAGACGUCAGGUAAGAUCAAUCAAUCAAUCAAUCAAUCAAUCAAUCAAAAUGUAUUUGUCACAUGCUUCGUAAACAACAGGUGUGGACUAACAGUGAAAAGCUUCCUUAUGGGCCGUUCACCAACAAUACAGAGAGAAAGAAAAUACAGAAAUAAUAGAAAAGUAAAACACGUAAUAAUAAAAGUUAUAAUAAAUACACAACGAGUAACGAUAACUUGGCUAUAUACAGUAUAAGGGGUACCAGGUAAUAACUUGGCUAUAUACAGUAUAAGGGGUACCAGUACUGAGUCAAUGUGCAGGGGUACGAGGUAAUAACUUGGCUAUAUACACGGGGUACCAGUACCGAGUCGAUGUGCAGGGGUACGAGUUAAUGUGCAUUGGUACGAGGUAAUGUGCAUUGGUACGAGUCAAUGUACAUAUAACUAGGAAAUACAGUGACAGAUAGUAAACAGCAGCAGCAGCGUAUGUGAUGAUUCAAAUAAGUGAGUGCAAAAAGGGUCAGUGCAGAUAGUCCGGAGGGCUGUUUAACUGACUAUUUAACAGUCUUAUGGCUUGGGGGUAGAAGCUAUUCAGGGUUCUGUUGGUUCCAUACUUGGUGCAUCGGUACCGCUUGCCGUACGGUACCAUCUUUGGCAAUUUUUAGGGCCUUCCUCUGACACCGCCUGGUAUAGAGGUCCUGGAUGGCAGGGAGCUCGGACCCAGUGUUGUACUGGGCCGUACACACUACGCUCUGUAGCGCCUUACGGUCGGAUGCCAAGCAAUUGCCCUACCAAGCGUUGAUGCAGCCAGUCAAGGUGCUCUCAAUGGUGCAGCUGUAUAACGUUUUAUCUGAAGGCCCAUGCCCAAAUCUUUUCAGCCUCCUGAGGGGGAAGAGGUGUUGUCGUGACCUCACGACUGUGUUGGUGUGUUUGGACCAUGAUAGAUCCUUAGUGAUGUGGACACUGAGGAUCCUGAAGCACUAGACCCACUCCACUUCAGCCCUGUCGAUGUGAAUGGGGGCGUGCUCGGCCCUCCGUUUCCUGUAAUCCACGAUCAGAUCCUUUUGUCUUGCUGACGUUGAGGGAGAGUUGUCUUGGCACCACACUGCCAGGUCUCUGACCUCCUCCCCUAUAGGGGGAGUCAGCAUGGGGGAUGUGUUGUUGCCUACCCCUCACCACCUGGGGGAGGCCUGUCAGAAGGUCCAGGAUCCAGUUGCAGAGGGAGGUGUUCAGUCCAAGGACGUUAGCUUAGUGAUGAGCUUGGAGGGCACUAUGGUGUUGAACGUUGAGCUGUAGUCAAUGAACAGCAUUCUCACGUAGGUGUUCCUUUUGUCCAGGUGGGAAAGGGCAGUGUGGUGUACAAUAGAGAAUGCUUCAUCUGUGGAUCUGUUGUGGUGGUAUGCGAAUUGGAGUGGGUUCAGGGUGUCUGGGAUGAUGGUGUUGAUGUGAGCCAUGACCAGCCUUUCAAAUCAUUUCAUAGCUACAGAUGUGAGUGCCACGGGCUAUAGUCAUUUAGACAGGUUACCUUGGCAUUCUUGGGCACAGGGACUAUGGUGGUCUGUUUGAAAUAUUAAAGACUGGGUCAGGGAGAGGUUAAAAAUGUCAGUGAUAACACUUGCCAGCUCGUCAGCGCAUGCUCUGAGUACGCAUCCUGGUAAUCCGUCUGGCCCUGCGGCCUUGUGAAUAUUAACCUGUUUAAAGAUCUUACUCACAUCGGCUAUGGACAGCGUGAUCACACAGUCGUCCGGAACAGCCGGUGCUCUCAUGCAUGGUUCAGUGUUGCUUGCCUCGAUGCGAGCAUACCGUAGAAGGCAUUUAGCUCGUCUGAUAGGCUCGCGUCACUGGGCAGCUCGCGGCUGGGUUUCCCUUUUGUAAUCCGUAUAGUUUGCAAGCCCUGCCACUCCACCCCCUCCACCCUCCCCCUCCACUAUACACUCCUCCCCCUCCCCUAUACACUCCACCCCCUGCAGUGUCAGAGCAUCAGAGCCGGUGCAGUACGAUUCUAUUGUUGUCCCGUAUUGACUCUUUUCCUGUUUGAUGGUUCGUCGGAGGGAGUAGCGGGAUUUCUUAUUAGCGUCCGGGUUAGUGUCCCGCUCCUUGGAAAAGGCAAGUCUAGCUUUUAGCUUAGUGUGGUGCACAUUUUGUCAUGGGGGUGCAAAGAACAUUUUGCAGUUUUAAAGCAAAUUUUCUUGAAAUUCUAUACACUUUGCAAAUUUUUUGGGGGCUAAAAAAACUGACAUGGGCUAGUUGAUCUGGACAUUUCUGACAAGUUAUAAAUAGCUCUCUAAGGUCUGCAAUGACUAACAUGACAAGAGGAACUGAUGAUGCACGACCCAAUUUAGAAAUUGCACCUUGUGCAUUCUACUAUUAUAACUUUCAAGAGUACGUUUAAAGCUGGAUUGAGUUCCUUUAAAAAAGAAUAAUAAUACUGUUGUUGUUGAUUUUUUUUUUUUGGGGGGGGAGGGGACCAAUGCUGUAGCUUAGCAUCCACUUCAUCAGACCACUUGUACUUCCUGUUUGAGGUUUUGCUUGUAAGCAAGAGUGUUGUGAUGUCAGGUAAGAGUGUUGUGACGCCAGGUAAGAGUGUUGUGACGCCAGGUAAGAGUGUUGUGACGUCAGGUAAGAGUGUUGUGACGCCAGGUAAGAGUGUUGUGACGUCAGGUAAGAGUGUUGUUACGCCAGGUAAGAGUGUUGUGACGUCAGGUAAGAGUGUUGUGACGCCAGGUAAGAGUGUUGUGACGCCAGGUAAGAGUGUAUUCGUGGCACCAAAUCAUAUUUUCCACUCCAGGCCACGGAGACAGCAUAUUAUAUAUGAACUAGGAACCAUAUUAUAUAUGAACUAGGAACCAAAAGAAUGAAAGUCUUUCUUCUUAGUCUGUUAUGCUUUGGGUAGCACUCUAAGGACAAUAUGCCUGGGCCAGUAGUGUUUUCUUUUUGAUCAUUUAAAGGCUAUAUUAUCACCUGAUGGAAAGGAGGUUAUUUACUUUAUGGCUGAAUCCCAAAUGGCACCCUAUUCACUUAUGGAGUGCACUACUUUGGGCGCCUGGUCUUAAAACAGCGCAGUAAAUAGGCCAUUUAGGAUGCAGACUAAGUGUAAGUGCUGAGGAGGAAAAGUAAAGUGGUGUUCUUUUGUUAUCUGCCAUCUGGUCUCCUGUGUUGGAACAGUUUUAUUGGCAACAGAGAGGGGAGGAGGGAGGAAGGGUGGAACGGUGGAGGGAUGGGGUGGGGUGAGGGGUGGAGGGGGAGAAGGGGGGAUGGAGGGGGGUAGGGGGAGGGUGGAAGGGGGGAGGGGGUGGAGUGUAAGUGGAGGGGGUUGGGGAGUGUAUAGUGGAGGGGGGGGUGGUGAGGGGUGUGGAUGAGGGGUGUGAGUGGAGAAUGGGGGAGGGAUGGUAGGGGGUGGAGGUGUAUAGUGGAGGGGGAGGUGUGGGAGGGGUGGAGUUGGUGACGUAGGUGGGUGGGGGGGAGGUAGUGGAGGGGGGGAGUGUAGGGUAGUGGAGGGGGGAGGGGGAGGGGUGGCGGUAUAGAUGGUGGGGGGGGGUUGGAGUGUUGGUGGAGGGGGGUGGGAGUGGACUGGAGGGGGGGGGGUGUAUAGUGGAGGGGGAGGGUAGAGGGGGGGGAGUGAUAGUGGGGGGGUGGAGUGUAUGUAGGGGGGGUGGAGGGGGAGGGGAUGAGGGGGUGGAGUGUUAGGGGAGGGGGAGGGUGGAGGGGGGGGGAGUAAGGGAGGGGGGGGGGGGAGUGAAGUGGAGGGGGGGAGGCGUGAGAGGGGGUGGAGUGUAUAGUGGAGGGGGGAGGUUAGGGUAGAGGGGGGUGGAGUGGAUAGUGGGGGGGGGGAGUGUAUAGGGAGGGGGGGUGGAGUGUUAGGGAGGGGGGGAGUGUAUAGUGGAGGGGGUGGAGUGUAUAGUGGAGGGGGAGUGGGUGAGGGGGGGGGGUAUAGUGGAGGGGGGGGUGGAGUGUAUAGUGGAGGGGGAGGGUAGAGGGGGUGGAGUGUAUAGUGGAGGGGGGAGAGGUGGAGUGUAUAGUGGAGGGGGGUGGAGUGUAUAGGGAGGGGGAGGGUAGAGGGGGUGGAGUGUAUGUGGAGGGGGUGGAGUGGGAGUGGUAUAGUGGAGGGGGUGGAGUGUAGUGUAUAGUGGAGGGGGGAGGGUUAGAUAGGGGGUGGAGUGUAUAGUGGGAGGGGGUGGAGUGUAUAGUGGAGGGGGUGGAGUGUAUAGUGGAGGGGGUGGAGUGUAUAGUGGAGGGGGUGGUGGGGGAGUGUAUAGUGGAGGGGGUGGGAGUUUAUAGUGGAGGGAUGGAGUGUAUAGUGGAGGGGAGGGUAGAGGGGGUGGAGUGUAUAGUGGAGGGGGAGGGUGGCAGGGGGUGGAGUGUAUAGUGGAGGGGGUGGAGUUUAUAGUGGAGGGGGUGGAGUGAUGUAAGUGGAGGGGGAGGGUGGAGGGGGUGGAGUGUAUGUGGAGGGGGAGGGGUGGAGGGUGGAGGGGUUGAGUAUAUAGUGGAGGGGGUGGGGGCGAGUGGUUAGGGAGGGGGGGUGGGAGGUAUAGUGGAGGGGGAGGGUUCAGGGGGUGGAGUGUAGAGUGGGAGGGGGGUGGAGUGUGGAGGUUAGUGGGGAGGGGGAGGGUUCAGGGGGUGGAGGUUGUGAUAGGGAGGGGGUGGAGUGGUGUAAGUGGAGGGGGAGGAGUGUGGAUGGGAGGGGGGUGGAGGGUAUAGUGGAGGGGGGGGGAGGGUAGGGGGGUGGAGUGUAUGAGGUGGAGGGGGAGGAGUUUUAGUGGAGGGGUGGAGUGAUAUAGUGGAGGGGGUGGGUGCGAGGGGGGGGGAGUGUAUAGUGGAGGGGGAGGGGGCAGGGGGUGGAGUGUAUAGUGGAGGGGGUGGAGUGUAUAGUGGAGGGGGUGGGUGCAGGGAAGGGUUGGAGUGGAGUGUAUAGUGGAGGGGGAGGGGUGCAGGGGGGUGGGGUGUGAUGAAGUGGGAGGGGGCGGAGGUGAUAAGUGGAGGGGGAGAGGGGGGGGUGGAGUGUAUAGUGGAGGGGGGUGGAGUGUAUAGUGGAGGGGGUGGAGUGUAUAGUGGAGGGGGUGGGUGCAGGGGGGUGGAGUGUAUAGUGGAGGGGGAGGGUGCAGGGGGGGUGGGGGAGUGUUAUAGUGGAGGGGGAGGGUGCAGGGGGUGGAGUGUAUAGUGCAGGGGGAGGGUGGAGGUGGGGUGGAGUGUAUAGUGGAGGGGGAGGGUGGAGGGGGUGGAGUUUAUAGUGGAGGGGGUGGAGUGUAUAGUGGAGGGGGUGGAGUUAUAGUGGAGGGGGGGUGGAGUUUAUAGUGGAGGGGGGGUGAGGUGGAGUGGAGUGGUGGAGUGUAUAGUGGAGGGGGAGGGUGGAGGGGGUGGAGUUUAUAGUGGAGGGGGUGGAGUGUAGUGUAUAGUGGAGGGGGUGGAGUUAUAGUGGAGGGGGUGGAGUUUAUAGUGGAGGGAGGGUGGAGAGGGGUGGGGUGGAGGGGUGGUUUUUGGGGGAGGGGGUGGAGUGGAUAGUGGUGGGGGUGGAAUGUAUAGUGGGGGGGAGGGUAUAGUGGGGGGGAGGGGGAGGGUGCAGGGGGAGGGGGAGUGUAUAGUGGAGGGGGAGGGUGCACGGGGAGGGGGAGGGGGGAGGGGGAGGGUGCAGUUUCUACUGUACCAUGUCAGCUGAUAGGAGCAUGGUGGAACACAGAACUAGGAGUGCUGUUUCAGAGAUCAUUAUCAUGUGGGAGUCCAGGGAGCCAUUUCCAUUGAAUUGCACACAGGGAUAAGGCUGCCAUUGAAAACCACUACUAGAGACAGUUAUGAAACUGCUAUGGGAAGGUUUAUUAUGGGAAGUUUUCUAGCUACAUCAUUCACUAGAGGCCAGUCCGGAAACUACUCAUUCCAGCUUUGCAGGACCAUAUUGCACUUUAUCUACACAUUUAAAUCAGUUGCUAUAAAACGUCUACAUGCUUAUGGUCAUAGUUCUACCGCUGUCUGAGUAAGUUUACAAAAUAUAGUUUUUAGUCUGUCUUUGAGGUAAAGUAAAGGCUUGCAGGACUGUCUGUUCUCUGGGAGUUAACGCGUGUCUUCAUGACUGAAAACCCUGUUUCCUCCGAUACGAAGACUUCUCAGAUAGUGGCCUGUGUGAGGACUGGAACAGAGAUAGACGUACACGCCAAGCAUCUCCUGGGGCCACGGAUGACUUUUGACGGGGACGACAUUCUCGCCACUGUCACAAGCUUACAUCCCAAAUGGCACAAGCUUACACCCUACUCAGGGCACUAGUUUUGACCAGAGCCCUAUGGGAAAUAGGAUGCCAUUUGGGUUGCAGAACCCAGUACUCCAGGAAAUAGAGAUGUUGUGAUUACAGUGUAUCCAUGUUGAUUGUUCUGGACGAUCCAGUGUGUAGAUAUGUUAUUACAUUUUAGUCAUUUGGCAGACGCUCUUAUCCAGAGCGACUUACAGUUAGUGAGUGCAUACAUUCUUCAUACUGGCCCCCCCGUGGGAAUCGAACCCUACACCCUGGCGUUGCAAGCGCCAUGCUCUACCAACUGAGCUACAGUUGUAAGAUACGUUAUGCCUGCUGUUGAUCCAGUGUGUUGAUACGUUAUGCCUGCUGUUGAUCCAGUGUGUUGAUACGUUAUGCCUGCUGUUGAUCCAGUGUGUUGAUACGUUAUGCCUGCUGUUGAUCCAGUGUGUUGAUACGUUAUGUCUGCUGUUGAUCCAGUGUGUUGAUACGUUAUGUCCUGCUGUUGAUCAGUGUGUUGAACGUUAUGCUGCUGUUGAUCCAGUGUGUUGAUACGUUAUGCUGCUGUUGACCAGUGUGUAGAUACGUUAUGCCUGCUGUUGAUCCAGUGUGUGAUACGUUAUGUCUGCUGUUGAUCCAGUGUGUUGAUACGUUAUGUCUGCUGUUGAUCCAGUGUGUUGAUACGUUAUGCUGCUGUGAUCCAGUGUGUUGAUACGUUAUGUCCUGCUGUUGUCCAGUGUGUGAUACGUUAUGCCUGCUGUUUGAUCCAGUUGUGUUGAUACGUUAUGCCUGCUGUUGAUCCAGUGUGUUGAUACGUUAUGCCUGCUGUUGAUCCAGUGUGUUGAUACGUUAUGCCUGCUGUUGAUCCAGUGUGUUGAUACGUUAUGCUGCUGUUGAUCCAGUGUGUUGAUACGUUAUGUCUGCUGUUGAUCCAGUGUGUUGAUACGUUAUGUCUGCUGUUGAUCCAGUGUGUUGAUACGUUAUGUCUGCUGUUGAUCCAGUGUGUUGAUACGUUAUGCCUGCUGUUGAUCCAGUGUGUUGAUACGUUAUGUCUGCUGUUGAUCCAGUGUGUUGAUACGUUAUGUCUGCUGUUGCUGUCUCAUUGUCAUUAGGUCAACCAGCGUGCCAAGGUCAGGGAGAGGUCAGACGUAUAGACUGACAAAGGGAGGGACUCAGAGGCCCUCAGAGAGGAUUGGAUAGGUAGAAGCAAUAUGGCAACAUUUCCACCUAGCCAAUCAGAAGACAAGAUUAAGCUAUUAUUACAAUAAUGCUGAUACCUACCCAGUCCUCUCAAAUCCUUGGGGGCCCCUGGCCUAAAUGAAUGUAGUUGGGGGCCCCUGUCCUAAAUGAAUGUAGUUGGGGGCCCCUGCCUAUAGGCCAGGGGCCCCCAACUACAUUCAUUUAGGACAGGGGCCCCCAACUACAUUCAUUUAGGACAGGGGCCCCCAACUACAUUCAUUUAGGCCAGGGGCCCCCAACUACAUUCAUUUAGGCCAGGGGCCCCCAACUACAUUCAUUUAGGGCAGGGGUCCUCAACUAUAUUCAUUUAGGACAGGGGUCCCCAACUACAUUCAGCCGCAAUCUUUUCUUGAGUGGAUGGUCGGGGGGCCGGAACAUCAUUCAAAAUAAUUAUUAGAGUCCAAACUGACCGCAAGAACCCCAAACAGAUAUAGUAUUUGAUAAAAACAGAAUCAUUUCAAACCUUGAUUGCAUUGGGAUACGAUCACGUCUCUCUAUUUAUGCGUGGAAAUAAUCACGUCUCUCUCUCUCUCUCUCUCUCUCUCUCUCUCUCUCUCUCUCUCUCUCUCUCGUGUAUCUUCCAGGAGAGCGUCCCUUCCCCUGCACCUGGCCUGACUGCAACAAGAAGUUUGCCCGUUCGGAUGAGCUGGCCCGCCACUACCGUACUCACACCGGGGAGAAGAAGUUCAGCUGCCCGCUCUGCGACAAGCGCUUCAUGCGUAGCGACCACCUGAUGAAGCACGCUCGCCGCCACUCCGAGUUCCAGCCCGCCAUGUUGAAGCGGCCGUACGGGUGCAGCGGAGGGAUGGGCGGAGGAAUGGGCGGAGGAAUGGGCGGAGGAAUGGGCGUGGUCGGGAGUACUACACGCCCCGGAUCCCUCAGCGACUACAACAGCCGCUCCGACGCGUCCAGCCCCACCCUUAGCCCCACCCCCAGCCCCGCCCUCAGCCCAGCUAACUCGCCUUAA